GCAUUGUCUUUCGCUGACAUUGGGAACAACGGGAAAGCUCAUAGUUUACUUAGUGUAUUGCUAUUCAGUGCUGGAGUUCUUUUCUCAGAAGAGUCUGUUUAUACAAGCAUCCUCUGCAAUCUUAGUGGUAACGUUUAGGAGAGUUUUUCCCCCAAAAGUUGGUCUGUAUAAUCAAGGUGUCUGAACAAUCACUGGAAUAAAACACCAUGUUUUGAGAAUCUUCUUGGAGGCAUGGCAUUUGAAGAAAGCAAAAGUCGCAUACAUUGAAUAUCAGGACAGAUAACUCUGUCACGUCACAUGAUCUCAGCUCUCAGCUAGGAUCUCCAUAUGACGAUGGCCACUGAGUCACUUCAGCCACAAGAUUCGCGCGGCAGUGGCAUCAAAGGGGCCGUCCUGUGUAAGCAGUCGGAGAUAGAAGAAGAUGAGCAGGAUACCAGUCCAGGAUCGGACCAGUCAGACGCUACCAUCACAGCCAGCGACAAGGAUGUGCAAGGCCAAGGUGAUAACGCUCCUGAGAUUGUCCAAUCAGAUGUCAGCAUUUCAGAGGAGCCAAAUUUGUCGACCAUUCAGAAUGGAACUCAAAAACUGAAACAGCUAAAGAGAUCAGGGAAAGCGUUUGAGGAGUCGCCUUCGCCUGAUCCCCACAUGCUGACCCCAGAGUCCAACUCAAAUGGUCUGACCUCAUUAAAUCAUUCCCAGUCAUCAUCCAGAGAGAGGCUACAUAAAUGUGGAUCACAAGGCUCAGAAGCAGGAUCUUCAUGUCUGUCACGUGAUUCGAGUUUUGAGUCUCCGUAUAAAGAUUCCACAGGGAUCAAUCUGGAAGACUUCAUUCAUAAAACGAUAAACAAAUCUCCCAAGGAUAGAAACAUGUUGCUGAAAUUAGAAACGGAUCUAAUUAACUUUAUCAAUGAGCCCAAACAUCACUACUUAAAGUUUCCCCAGAUGUCGUCCUAUGACAGGAUGUUAGUUCACAGAAUAGCGGCUUACUUUGGACUCGACCAUAAUGUAGACCAGACAGGCAAAUGUGUCAUAGUGAACAAAACAUCCAACAAGAGAAUACCUGAUUUCAGUUUUAAGGAACAUAUCGACAACCUAGAUUCUGCUCCUAAAGUCAAGUCCAUUAUUCAGAGGGAGAACAAGAGUUUAGAUGACAGAGAUAUAUACACCAGAAAUUUAGACAAGCCUUCUUUAGCUCACACAAAAGCAAGGUCGUUUGAGGAGAGAAGGAAGCGUUAUGAGAAAGUGCGAAGUAAAAUUUUCAAUAGCUGUGAUGCCGAUCCUAGCCAAGAGGUAUUUCACAUAGACCACAAAUUCUCUCUCCACUAUAUUUCAUCUGCAGAAGAGGCAAAUUGCUACGUAGUGCCAAUGGCAUUUACUGAGGAUGAAAUGAAGAAUGGAAUACCAAACAUGAUGUAUAUUGGUAAGAAGCCUGUUCGCCCCUCCAGUAUCAGUAAGAGUUCAGAGGGACACCCCUGGAGUUCCACGGAUUCUAGUGGCUAUGGAACAGACUGUUCAUCCAGAUCAAAGGGAAUUCCAAAGGCCAACAGCUUUGGGGGGUUGACCCACUCUCAACAUAUCAAAACAUCUAACAAAAGCCAGAGUUUCUGCAAGGCUGACUCGCUGAACUCGGGGACAGCUAGCCCUGGUCUACAGAGACACUUUGCCACACCCCCUGGCAGUAGAUCCGGGAGCUCCCCCCUGUCAUGUAGUAGUUCUACUGGUCCAGUGCAAUCCCCCAUUCAUCAAGGCUUUUUACCUGGUCAGGGACAGAAUCAAGCUUUAUGGGUGGCCUCAGAUUACAGGAAUAUACCUCCAGGUGCAAUUAUAAUUAACCCCCAGACAGGUCAGCCCUACUCUAACCCUGACGGCAGUGUGUACACGUACAACCCCAAUCUGCCCCUCCCUAAUGGUCAGCCCCCCACAUCAAUGUACCAGACCCAGGAGGCCUGGACACCCAGCUCUGUAAAUGAUAGUAUGAAUGGGACGGAGCUAUGUAAGCACCUGUCAGCGAUGAACCUGAGUCAGCAGUCCUCCCUGGACAGUGUUGGGGAACCUCCCGGCCCCCAGCCCAGCAUCCAGUUUAUUGUUGGGGGACAAAAUCAGAUACCAUCUGUAAACUUACCUCAGCAGUCUUAUCCUAUGGCACAGCCUCCAUUUUAUCAGGGUCCCCAGAACAUAAACGGACAGCCUGCAGUGAGAUACGUAUACCCAGUGAAUUGUCAGAAUCAGUGCCAGCAUCAGAUGUCUGGUGAUAUGCAAAAUCAAACUUUCCCCCCAAGUUCUACUCAAGGAUUUGGGAGCCAGUAUGGAGCCUCUUACAACUCCUAUCCUGUUGUGGCAAGUCAGGCAAUGGACAGCUUUGUAAACUACUCACAGACUACAUAUCCUGUAGGUCAAGGUGAAAACAACGUGACAUAUUCCUCUUAUCCCGUGCAAUAUUCCUCAGGGCAGCAGCCUCAGCCCCAGCAAAUGUUUUAUCCCAGUACACCAAACAUACAGCAAGGAAUGUCAAAUUACACGUUUGGAACAAAUCAAGGACAUUACCAGACCUCCCCACCUAGUCAACAGACUCUUCCCAGUGCUAAUGGACAUUUACAGACUGUGCCCCAGGGCUCUGGGGUUAUCCCCAUCCCAGGAAACCUCCCCACCCCCACCUCAUCCCACUAUGUGUAUCCCCAAAUCCCUCAAUUCCAGGGGCAGCCCCGAGUGGCCAGCCCUCAAAUUGUGCAGUAUCAAAAUGUGCCGAGCCAGCCUGGGCUGAACCCCACAGGAAAUCCUACCCAGCCGUUUCCCAUCAUUCGGGGCCUGCAGAUGAACAUGCAGGUGCCCCAGAUUCCAGGCGUGGUGUCCCAGACACAGAGUGUUCCCCCCGGAGGACCAGUGACUGUCAGUGCCAAAGGAUGCACGUUUGAAAAUACACUGCCAAAAAAGGACUUUGAUAAGCAGGAGUAUGUUUUAGGGGGGAUAGGGAGCUUAGGAUCCCCCCUAGUGACAGGGCCCCGACCUCUAGGACAAAUUCUUAGACCCCCUACACAGACAGACCUUCAGUUAAUAGGACAACCUAGUAUACGUCCACAAAUUCCACUACAGAAUGUUCUUCAUCAGCAAAAACCAAGAAUGUCAAAUCAGCCCAGUAGUAAGCCUCAGAAACUAAGAACUGUGGGCAGCAAGGAAGGCUUGGAAUCAUGCCCCUCCCCCCAGAAUGUGGAUUCUGAGAGCCCCUCAGUUGAGUUCCUAGAAGUUCAUGGUGUGUCGUCAGAUCUCUCCAGGGAGGACAUGAUGGAGAUGUUAUCUGACCUAACGUCACUAGGAGUUCAAAUAGAGGUUCAGAACGAAGACACUGAAACACGGACAAUUCUAGCCGUGCUACCAAGCAACCUCGCUGCAGCUGAUCUCAUACAAACCCAUAAUAACGCAAACUAUCAGCUCCAACUGUGCAAUUCGGAUAUUUAGCUAGAACAAAUUAUAGGAUGAUAUUUUUAUACACUUCAGUUUUAGUGAAGAUCAUGUGCAGUGAAAAACCUCAGUGAAAUUUUGUUCAGAUUUACAAAAAAACACACAGCUGAUGGAAGAGGGCAUAUAGAAAUUAUUGUAUUUUGCUGUGUUUAAUGGAGGCUAAAGGUCAACAUUUUAACAAUGAAAAAAUAGUAUUUUUACACUCCAUGUUUAAAUAUUGUUGUUAGGUUUAUACUUAAUAUAUAUUAUAUAUCUAUAUCCGAGUUGAUUUUGAAAAUAUUUAGUGUGUCUAUUAAUAACGAAACCUGUUACAUUCUUUUUUUAAAAUUUUCAGUAGUAACUAUUUUUUUUAGCAUCUGAAAUCUGAUAUUCCUGUCUAGAGUCAGGGUGUACGUUGGAAUCUCGUGUUUACACUUUAACCUAGGGUAUAUGUCACUGUUCAGUGUAAAGUCGUAAAUAAUGUCAGAACUGGGUUAUAACAGUAAAGCACGCUUUUAACAAAGUGCCAGCGACAGAUGAAUUCGAUUUGAAAUCAACGUAAUUAGUUUUAUCUGUUAGUACACCUGUAUCACAAUGCAGCUGAAAGUCUCAUAGAAUGAAAAUAAUUUCACUGUAAGUGUCUAUUCAUUAUAAGUGUAUCCGCUAGAAGCGUGUUUUACUGUAUAACACUUGUGUUUUCUAAUAUUUUCUUCCCUCAUCUUUCCCUGUGUCAUGUUCCCUUUAUCGUCUUUCUCUUAUUUGUAGAAUGUUAAAAACUUAUUCUUCAGAAUUCAUUGUAUAAACUUUUGAAAAACUUGCCUCUUCAAAAAUUAUUUCUGAAAAUAACAAGUCAAACAUUUCUUUUGGAUUUUUUUGUAUGUUCAAUCAUUAACAUUAGGUGAAGAAUCCAUGACAACUUAGUUUUUUUGUUGAAAUUCUUACAAGAGGAGAAAAAUUAUACAGUAUGUUGAAUCCCAAUAAGUUUUUUUUCUAUGCACCCUACCAAUGUGCCUAGUUCUGCUGUUGUCAUCGUCUAAGAAACCACUCAGUAUUGAUGUCAGAAAUUCGGUGUAGCCGAGGCUAUAAGAUAAUUGGUGUGAUCUUUUUUCGUUUGUUUAACACACAUACUGUUUAGUUCUGUGAACGACGGGAUCAUUUUUCGUUCUUUAUUUUCUUUGAUCUCUGAGUGUUGCUUUAAGUAUGUGCUUCAUUGGCCAAGAGCAGUAUCUCUUUCUGAUAAAGGCCCUGACACCUUCGUACAUGACGUAAAACUCCUUUAUGAUUAAGUUUACUGCUGCUCUCUCAUUGGAUAAUUACCAAGAGCUGAAAUUUGACAAAAAGUUGCGUGCUGGACUGGUGUUGUACAUGCAUAGUUUAUCUGUGACCCUGUUUUUUACAAUGUGGCUUUAUAUGUAGAAUCUUUAUAAAGAAGGUGUAAAAUUUCCACACCACCAAAUCAAAAAAAUAUCUUUAAGCAGAUGCCUUCAUAAUUGAAUCAAAGUGUACUUGAAACUCAGGUUAAGUUGUAUUUAUUUGCUGAUGUAAAUCAUGCUUUUAUUAUUUGUGGACAAAUGCUAACUCCUCUGUUGUCACGGGAGAUAUUUACAACUGAAACGUACAAUACAAUUUUAUGAUAUUCAAAACAAAUAUACUUGAAGUAGGUUGUUUCAGAAAUGAUUAUUUUUACAGAAUGGAAGAACCAACACAAUUCACAUUGCCCAUGUGAGUGAAAUAUUACCGGAGUCCAAAGCCAGAUGUUGUCUUAGGAGACUACCCCGUCAUAUAUAUGUGUCAUAAAUCGGCUUUGAUUCUACUGUUCUGUGAUAGCGAAUGCAGUUGUGAAAUUGUUUAUGUGUUAUGUGUAUUUUCAUUGUCACCAACAAUUCAGUCUGUUUUAGUCAAUUUUUUAAAAAAUUUUGUUGAUAAUAAAAAGUCUACUGCAUUGCA